UAAUAAUAUGCUUUCGACAACUUCACACAAUCUUGAUUGAAUUUUGGAACAAUUAUGAAAUUUAUAAAUACAUAAUAUUUAAAUAUUUCAUUAGAAUUGUUAAUAUUUGUCCAAUAAACAAUAACAUAAAUUAAACAAACAAACAGGAAAUUAAAACACGUAAAUUAUAAGUAAAAAAGAAUGAAAUUUACAGAAAAAAAUAUGUUUUGAAGUACAAAACACGAAACCACUUUAACAACAUUUCUGGUGUUUUGAGUAACUUUGAACAAUGGCGCUUGUUACAUCCGGCACUCGUUUGUACCGAGUACCCAUUAUUGAAUUAAUCCAAUUGCCAUCUUUAACUAGAUUAAUUCAUCAUGUGGGAUUAGCCACAAUUCGUUUGAACGUGCAACAAAACCGUUUCGAGACACAUGGUACUAACACACAUAAGAAACGAUGGACAUCACAAAUCUGACGGCGAACACCACCUUCGACCCGGACGAAGAGGUCUACCUUGACCACGUCAACAUGUACACGAUUCCCCUCGUCGUGCUGUGCAUCCUGGCCGCCGUGGCCGAUUGUUUGAUCAUCUACGUCAUCCUGAAGUACGACGAGAUGCGGACGCACGUCAAUCUGUACCUCCUCAACUGGUGCAUCAGCAAUCUUUUGGUGCUGCCCAUCGUUCCCGUCAGCAUGAACGUGUCGGUGAUUGGUUUCAUUUCCGAGGAGGUUUUGUGUUUGAUGUUCGAGAGUUUGUUGGUGGUUAUGAGCGGGAAUUUGUUGUUCGUUGCCGUCACCCUGGUCGAUUGGUAUUUGAUGACUUACGGCACUCAGAAUUGUUUUAUUAAGUUUAAGAAGUCAGCGGUUUUCGUAUGUUUCACCGUCUGGAUAGUUAUUUUGGCCUUUGGAUUUUUGUCUGUCAGUUUGUGUUUGCACGACAUCAGUUUUCCCUUAUCAGCCAUCAUGUUUUUGCUGACUUAUUUCUUCGUGUUCGUCACCAUCAUUUUGAUACAUGUACUUAGAUUGGUCAAAAAGAACUUCUCCAACGUCGUGAUGGAGAAGGACAUAUUUAUUCUUAAACUCGUCAGCUGGUACUUCCUAGCCUGGCUCUUAAACUGGUUCCUGUUGUUCGGCCAAAUAAUCAUCAGAAGAACCCACAUGUCCUUAGAGUACUUCAGCUUCUACUUAGGCUUCAGUUAUCCAUUAAUCAUGCUCUACCUACUCUACCACGACGACAAAACGUUCAAAAAAUGUUUCAGACACAUGUGCGGCCACAAAGACGAACCGGACGAUCAGAACAAUAGGGACAAUUUCGUCACCGUAUUACUGUAAUCAAUAAAGACCUACUUAAUGAACUCGUGUUUCGAUCGCAUCCCACACAAAUAUUAAUUCGUGUGUGCAUCGCAUCUUCGCAUUCGAUAAUCUCCCGGUCCUUUCAUGAAACGGCAUACGGUAUUGCAAUUCACGCCAUCCGGAAUCGAAAUCAGCGUCACGACUGGAAACCCAUUAUUUCUGGAUUACUAUGUCACUAUCAAUGCAAGUGGAAAUUGCGUCCAAGUCACAUCCACGCCAAAUAAUUAUAAUCGCGUUUUGUCUAAUAUGUUUUGUGAUAUCUGUUGAAACAUUUUUUUACGCAUUUAGUCAUUGUAAUGGUAGAUUAAUUUUAUUUAAUUUAUUUAAAAUAAAUGAUUUAUUAUAUUUUAAUAUUUUACAUUGUAUGGAUGUUAGACGAAAUAUAUAUAUUAAAUGUGUUUUUGAAUU